UUAUACGUGGAGUUGUAUGCUUGUUGUGUUGAAUAUAUUAUUUUGGAGAGCGAUAACUUAUCAUCUUUAUUUCCAAAUGCACAUUUAAGCUUAGGAGCAUUUGAAUUAAACUCUCACCAUCUUUUUGCAUUGCUGACCACCCUUGCCGUUCUUCCGACUGUUUGGUUGCGAGACCUGAGCAUUCUUAGCUAUAUUUCUGCCGGUGGAGUUGUUGCAUCAGUCUUGGUGGUUGCUUGCUUGUUUUGGGUUGGCUUAGUUGAUCAAGUUGGAUUACAGACUAAAGGGACAACACUGACCCUUUCGACUCUUCCCGUUGCUAUUGGUCUCUAUGGUUAUUGCUACUCGGGACAUGCCGUGUUUCCCAAUAUCUAUACAUCAAUGGAAAAACCUAGCCAAUAUCCUGCUGUCCUCCUAACAAGUUUCGGUAUCUGUACUUUGAUGUAUGCUGGAGUUGCUGUGCUAGGAUACAUGAUGUUCGGAGAAUCAACACAAUCACAGUUUACCCUCAACAUGCCUCAAGAUUUAGUCGCAUCUAAAAUUGCUGUUUGGACUACAGUAGUCAAUCCGUUUACUAAAUAUGCAUUAACCAUCUCUCCGGUGGCUAUGAGUCUCGAGGAAUUGAUACCAUCAAACCACGCUAAAUCUUAUAUUUAUGCAAUCCUUAUACGAACAGCAUUGGUGAUAUCUACAUUGCUUGUCGGUCUUAGCAUCCCAUUCUUUGGUCUCGUGAUGGCAUUGAUUGGCUCUUUACUCACAAUGCUAGUCACUUUGAUUCUUCCAUGCGCUUGUUACUUGAGCAUCUUAAGGGGAAGAAUAGGCCUGUUUCAGGGCUCAAUUUGUGUAGUGAUCAUCGUAGUAGGCAUCAUAUCAUCAGUCUUUGGAACAUACUCUGCCCUCUCUCGAAUUAUUGAGAAUUUGAGCUAAUAUCUUUUCUUUAUUUUUAUUUCAAAAGAGUGUUUAUAUUCCAAAGAAUGUCACUUUGUUUAGGCAUAUUUGAUUGAGACAAUGUAGUUUGAUAUUGUAUAUGUGUAAUCUUCUAUGUCAAUUCUAUAUAUUA